AGGGAACGCGAGUGUUCAUUUUGGGUUCAACGUGAUUUUGCAGUCGGGGCUCCUCUGCUGCGCCCCCAAUCUCAACUCGAGAGAGCAAAAAUGUCUUGGAACUUCUAAUGGUUGAGGUCCCACUUCUUCUCCAGGUCGAUUCUGAAGUACUGUUCGUAGCAUACCCACCGUGUUCAGAAUGUCAUCGCUGGUUCAGAAAUCUUCAGUCAUACCGGAUUUCGGAGAAACUUCCUACUGGGACUCAUUUUUCAAAGGCCGGGGUGAUCGCGUGUUCGAAUGGUACGGAGAGUUCGAAGAUUUGAAAGAAGUCCUUGAGAAAUACAUUCGAAAAAAUGAUCAGAUUCUUGUUCCAGGGUGCGGAUCGUCAACACUCUCAGAAGGAAUUUACGAUAGUCUUGAUUUCGGGAGGAUAGUAAAUAUUGAUACUAGCGAUGUCGUUAUUCGGCAAAUGUCGUCACGGAACAAGCGCAGUGGGAUGACCUAUGAAAAAAGGAAUGCCAUGGAAACUGGGUACGAUGCCGGAAGCUUUUCAGUUAUUGUGGACAAAGGCACUUUGGAUGCGAUUGCGAACGAUGCAUCAGAAGUAUCUCUGCAAAGCGCGAAAAGGCUGUGUCAGGAGUAUGCGAGAGUUUUGAAGCUUGGAGGCAGGUGCAUCAUCAUAUCACUUCUUCAAGAUCAUAUUUUAAGGCUCGUCUGCGAAUUUUUCUACGUCACCGAAGGAUGGAUGUUACGUUUCCAUCGCAGCAAGUUGUCCGAAGAUCGUCAGUUGUAUGACAAUCCCGAAGCGUUGGCGAUGCCAGUGUUUGCGGUGGUUGCGACAAAGUUCAAGCAAUCCCCGGGUUUCGUGCCGCCGCCAAUUGAAUUGGUUUUAGAAGCAGGCCGCUCGUUGAAAAUGCAAGAUGGCCUUGUGGAGGUUCAGCGCGAAAUCUCGAAGCUCCAGAUGACUGCCUAUGCGAGACAUAAUGCUGUUCGGAGGCGCUUGAAUCCAGAUGAAGAAUUAUCAUUCGAAAUCGUUGACAAAUAUGGUGAUCGUCGCUUUGAACUAAUUUUACGAGAUCGCCGUCCAAAUCAUAUCUCAAAUGGAUCGUAUGGAAUUUACAUUGUUCCUCAGGGACAUACGAAAGAAGGUAGAGCAGACCUUGUUGAAGCCGCAAAAUUUGAUCGUCUUUUGAUUGUUCACCUUCAGCGAAAUCAAUUCUACGACAGUUACGACACAAUAAAAACGGAAUUAUCUGGCCAAGUGAUGCGCUUGUGCGGAAAACGAAAAUCCAGAGAGCAGCCUUCUUUCUUGACGGAUGGAGAUGUUGUGAAUGCAAUACUUCGAAUGGAGGGUUCGAGUGAAAAGUCUGGAGAAUUCUUUGUUCAAGACAGUCCAGCUGAUGCAGAAAACGCGAACUACUCUUUCAGACGGUUGAUCUUCCGGUCAAAUUGUAAUUUGAUUCAAUCAGAAGUACUUCUGAGUCGCGAUCAAUCGGGUUCGAAGUCGGAGAAUUUUGAUUUCUCGAAUCUGUGCUGUGCUCAUCACACUGCUGCCGUCGGCGGAUUCGGUCUGCUCAAUGCCGGGAAUUUUUCGCGAUCAUGUGAAAAUCUCUCCGUACUUAUCAUAGGCCUGGGUGGUGGCUGUUUGCCAAUGUUUCUUAGCAGAAAUUUCACUUCGAUGAAAAUUGACGUUGUAGACUUUGAUCCAGAAAUGCGCAAUGUAGCGAAGCAGUGGUUUGGAUUUACGGAAACUGCUAACAUGAAAGUAAUCAUUGAAGAUGGCAUUGCAUUUCUGCGUAACUCCGCAGCAUCAGGUCGAGAGUACGACGCGAUUAUUUUCGAUGUGAACAGUGAUGAUCCCAAAUCAAGUCUCAGAUGUCCACCAUCUGCAUUUGUUGGUAACUCCGUUUUGGAGAACGUAAGAAAAUGUCUCCGCCCCGAAGGUAUUUUCAUGAUGAAUUUGGCAUCACGUGACGCAGAAACGAGACUGAAAAUCGGAAGGAUGAUGGUGACGAAGUUCGAUCAAGUUUUCAGGGUGCCCAUUGCUGAAGAGAUCAACGUUAUGCUAUUUUGCCUUAAGUGUGAAGGAGAUUUGUUGAAAUUAUCCAGUAACAACCCGAGCGAUUUCUGUGUCGACGAAGAAAAUGCGCUCGUAUCCCUGGCGAAAACGCGAGUUUCAGUCUUCAUCGCCAACCUUGAGAGUACGCUCGCAAGUAUCUCGUCAGGAAAAAAGAAGAUUCGCAGAAAAAGAAAAGGCAAAGGAGAGAAAACCGUUGAAGAGAAAAUGGGCAGUCUUGAAAUUGACCAAGGCGGAGAAAUUGAAAGCGUACCUGUGCCAAGCGCACAUUCAGUCAUUGUAAAGAAAGAAAGUCUAGAAAGUGUAGCCAUGGUUUCGGAGGAUUGUCAGCGGAAAAGAAAUGGAAAAGCGAAACCCGAAGUGGUCACGGAUAACGUUGAAAACAUUUCUUCUGCCAGCAAACGACCAAGACCAGCAGUAAUAAAGAGUUUAAUGAAUGUCUUCCUGGGUCUUGAAGUUGUCCGUGCGACUUAAUUACGCGUGUAAAAUUCGUGAGUGAUGACCGAAUUCGUUAUUCUGUUUUUCUCAGACUGUUCUUUCAUAAGAAUGUCGGAUUUUCAUACAUUGUUGGUAUGCCGUUGAAGUCGAAGUUUGCUAAAUUGCUCUAUGGAAACAACAAAAAGAAAGUGGCCGAGUGGUUAUUCCGGA